UCGUGCAGGAUGUCGCUAAUGCAACUGAUAUUGGAAAUGUAUGAGAGUUUGCCUAAUAAUCUUGGCAACUCUCAAAUCCGUCGAAUGCCCUUUUUUCUCGGCCAUUGCCAAUCUCCGAAACCGUGUGGUAUAUCAACAUCGACCAGUUGGGUAUUGUAUUGAUCUAUGCCUGGACGAUCCAUACGGUCAGAAGCGAGGGUGGCAUGUUUCCGGGCUCAUAGCAUUUCUCGAGUCUGGCUCGGCAGUAUUGCUGAAAACGGCCCCGGAUGCCGUCGCAGAUCACAGAUCAAUUCCUACAUUACUUUUCGGUGUAACGCAGGACUUGCUAAAACCUUGAAACAUGUAGGAAUUGAGUCUGCCUUGAAGCGCACAAGAACGUCUGAACGGAAGUGUCGGAAGAACACGUUGCUCUCUCGUGCUCGUUUACCGUUGACAUUAUGCUCUGCCUGCCUCAAUGUGGUGCUGUUGCAUCGUUGUGGCUGCCUUCAUCGUACCGAGGGGAAAGAAUUCAGUGCUCAUGGCCUUGCAGCUGCAGGAAGUCACUGUGUGUUCGGCGACCACAGACACGAGAUCUAGAUUUGACGGUCGAAAAUUCAGGCUUCGACCCCUGGCGUUCAUGUCGGCUUCCUA